CAAUCAACACAAGUCACUGGUUUAGGCAUGGGUUUAACACUGCAUCUAAGUCUGGUAUGCUGCUAAACAAUUGCUGUGAGAGUUUUUAUAAUAUCUUGAGGGAAGUGAGGGGAAAACCUAUCUUACAGUUAAUGGAAUGGAUAAGGAGGUAUGUAAUGCAAAGAUUCAAUGGAAAAAGGGAGGGAUUGAAGAGCUUUUAAGGUGUUAUCAUGCCAUCUGUGGUUAAAAUGGUUCAGCAAGGAUUGAAGCAAGUGCAUAGUAUGAGAAUCAGACAAGCUGACCUACAUGAGUUUGAGGUGGACCAUGAGCUCGAUACUUUUGUUGUGAACUUGGAAACUUGAAAAUGGGGAUUUCCUUUAGUUCCGGCAGAAGAAAUCAAACCCUCCACCAACACCACCACCACCACCACCCCUCUUACUACCACCAAAACCCCCCACCACCACAACAACAACAACAACAGCAACCACCACCAUCACCCUACUACUACCACCCCACAGCCGCACCGUCUUCCUCCACCGCAAUCGCCGACCCAUCCACUCUCUCUUCACCACCUCAGCCGCAGCAACCGCCGCAAAACAAUUAUGGUUAUGUGUCCCCUACUCCAUACCCAACAACUCACUACCAGUACCAACAUCAACAACAACAUCCACCUCCAAUUCAGUCAAAUUACUGCUACUCUGGGUGGUCUAAUUCCUAUAAUUACCCUAAUCCAAUGACGGGUCGCCCUAAUUUCCCUUAUGUUCCUGCUAAUUAUGGAAAUGGAUGGCAUCAGAUGAGGUACCCUAUUCCGCCUUCGCCCGUGCCGCUGCCCUAUGUUGAACAUCAAAGUGCUAAAGUUGUUAAGAAUGAUGUUAAUGUUCAUAAGGAUACUAUUAAGCUUGAAGUUGAUGAGAAUUACCCUGAUCAUUACUUGGUUUCUUUUGUUUUUGAUGCGCAUUAUGAUGGCAGCGUAACUAUCUAUUACUUUGCGAAGGAGGAUAAAGAGACCUGUACAUUUACUCCAGCAUAUCCUGAGGCAACCAGCUCAGUAAAAGUCCCUUUCCAGAAAGGGGUAGGACAGAGAUUUCGCCAGGCUACUGGCACCGGUGUCGACUUGGGAUUCUUUGAUCUGGAAAGUCUUGAGAAGCCGUCGGAAGAUGAUGUCUUUCCACUUGUCAUAUUCGCUGAAGUAUAUUCCUCGUCACAUGAAGCAGAUAAUGCCGCAGGAGAAUCUUCAGCUGAAAGUUCUCCUAGGGUACAAGUCACUCAAGCUAUUAUUGAGAAAAAGAAUGAAGGUACCUUCCAAGUUAAAGCAAUGAGGCAGAUUCUGUGGAUUGAUGGUGUUCGUUAUGAACUUCGUGAUAUAUAUGGAAUCGGGAAUUCAUCUUCAGAAGGCUUUAAUGAUGAUGAGCCUGGAAAAGAGUGUGUAAUUUGCAUGACUGAGCCCAAGAAUACGGCUGUACUUCCUUGUCGGCAUCUGUGUAUGUGCAGUGAUUGUGCCAAAGAGCUGAGGCUACAGUCAAACAAGUGCCCAAUUUGUCGCCAACCUUUUAAUGAGCUUAUCGAGAUAAAGAUAAACAACACUAAUAAUAGUUUGUGAUCUUCUAGAGUUCCUUGUUCCAUCUUGGAUUUACAGCUCUCUCCAGUCCUCGCCACUUACAUUUUGUAAUUUGUAUAUAUGAUUGUAAAAUGUCUAUAGCUGUAUGCAAAGUAAUGUAUCUAUCAAAUUUAUAUGUUCAUUCUUUAUUUGUCAAAUUGUGUUCUCCGAUGCUGUAAUUUGCUUAAUAUCGUAUGUGUCUGCACUCUUUUAGAGUCUAUUGUACCAAGGUUCUUGUUAUGGAGUACGCUGUACAGUUUUUGUUGAGAAUUCGAGCUCUUUUUAGGCAUGUUAAUGAUGGGUCGAUUGAAGUGAUUGAUGACAGCUUCCUGGCAAAGAGAUAUCUGUCUGAUUUCAGGCAAUCAUAUAGGUCUUGUUUGGUUUGAUAUAGAA